GUUGCGUUUUUCUUUGACAAAAUUGCAGAUUGCCCUGCACUGGAUUUAUUGGCAGUUAGAUUCCGCACAAAACUUUUAAUAUAAAGGAGGGACAUUCAUUUCUAAACUGACGUUUAUUCCUAUGGUAUCAAUCGAGAUAUUUAAAGAAAUAAGGGAAAAUUACUUAGAGCGUAGACUAUUUGAGCGAUUAGUGGAAACUUAUGCAAUUCUACGUUUUGUUCCUAAGUGGGUAAAAUGGCAAUGCGUCACAGAAGAACCUUUUGGUCUUUGCCUAACUCAGGAGCAAAUAGUCCAUCAAAAAAGUUGCGACACAAUUUUUUGUAGGCCAGUAGCUCAAGAAGAUAAAGGCGACACUUGAAGAUGACGAAAGAAAAAUCAAGUGAAGUGCGCUCUAUCCGUGGAGAAAACCCCAAAAACUGUGCCAGUUUGGGACAACCAUAUAAGAGUGGCGGCGAGGUGGAGCGCCUGAUCAUACCUGAAAAUGCUGCGCCUCGUCUUGGUCAUCGCCAUCGCCAAAGCUGCCGUCUUGCCGGAUUCGGAUGGAAGGAUCGUCGGCGGAUACGAUACGACUAUUGAAGCCAGGCCGUAUCAGCUUUCCUUGCAGAAUUAUGGCACCCACUCGUGCGGAGCCUCCAUUAUUAAGGCGACUAAGGCCGUAACAGCCGCGCAUUGCACAAACGGGCAAUACGCCCAAGCCUUCAGUGUGCGGGCAGGCACUAGCUAUAGAGGUUACGGUGGCCAGGUGAUACCGGUGCAGUCGGUGUGCGAGCAUAGCAAUUACAACCCGACGCUGAUCGACAAUGACGUUGCGGUGCUGUCGUUGUCGUACCCAAUAGAAUUCAACGCGAGAGCCCAGCCGAUUCCGCUCCAGCCGCUUUACCAAGAGGUUCCGGUGGGCGCGUACGGGAUCGUGACCGGGUGGGGAGCAAUGUACGAAGGAGGCACCUCGUCGAAUAGCCUCAAGGAGGUGAAGCUCAUCCAUCUCAGCGACGCCACGUGUACGAGUGCGUACGGUGCGCGUAAGUUUACAUCGCACAUGAUCUGCUUUGGUUAUCCCCAGGGCGGGCGAGAUUCUUGUCAGGGCGAUUCUGGAGGUCCUCUGGCGUACAACAAUGCUCUAAGUGGAAUAGUAUCGUGGGGCUACGGAUGCGCGAGACCUCGACUUCCUGGAGUUUACACAAAGAUUUCUGACGUGUCUAUACGGUCACAUAUUGAUAGAUGCAUGGCUUAG